AUGCUAACUCUGAAAUGGCAUCUGCCAGCAGUUCUUGGUAUAUUGGCGCUUUGGCUGAUGGAGAACUCGCUGGCUGUUAACAUCACUGGAUCUGUGGGAAGCAACUUCUCAGUCUCCUGCAGCUAUCCUGAAACCUACCAGAACAACAGCAAGUACUUCUGCCAGAUGAGCGGCUCGUUUGCUCCAGGAGCUCUUCGGUGUGUUCACAUCACACAACCAGAGACGAGGUCUGGACGAGGGAGACUGGCUCUUCUGGACGACACCAGCGCUCAUGUUCUUACAGCAAACAUCUCUACACUGGCUCCAGAAGACUCGGGAAAGUACUGGUGUGGUGUAGAUAUCGCUCUGCUGCCAGAUUUCACCUCAGAGAUCUGGAUAACAGUCACCAAAGAACAGCCACAAGAGCAAACCACAGACCGGUUCACGGAAGAUCCUGCCGGUGAGAUUAUGAAAUACUGA